AAAAGGAAAGACGGCUGCUUUGAGGCGAACCAGCUUCCUGGUUUGUGUGUACGCGUGUUUAGUGCUGUAAAGUCGGUUAUUAUCAUCAUGCAAUAUAAAUAAAUAUAAAUAUAAGCGCGAUAAACCCCAGCAGGGCGCUGAUCGGCGGGGGGAAGUGUGCAGAGGUGCUCGGUGGCUGGGUUGGAGUAAGCUGAGGUCCAGCCUGUCUCUGUUGAUCUCUCAGAAAUCCGGGGAUUUUAAAGUGUUUAUUUGUUUUAAUCCUAGUUUUGGGACAUGACUGCGGAGUUAUUAUCUGAUUUGAACAGCCGCUUUUUUGCGGAUAAUCUGCUGACCAGUGAAGACUGGGAUGCUUGUCUGUAUCAGUGUGAGAAUAUGGAGGAGGGUGAAGACGGGCUGAAAUAUGACACACUGCUUGAUGAUGACCUCGUGUUGACCCUUGACCCAGACAACCCCAUGGCACCAUGGAAACACCUGGAGAACAAGCUGCUCGAAGAUGACUUGCCGGUUAUGAAAGACGACAUGACGAUAACGCAGCCGCUGCCCGUGGACAUGUUGUUCCAGGUCAAGGCCGAGCCUCCGUCUCCUUCGUCCUCUCCAACUUCAGACAGCUCGCUACCGUCCUUACCUGAAGCUCAGGUGAAAGGUGAAAACCCUCCCACACCCCCCUACAUGUAUGGAGAUGUUCUCUCACCACCUGUGGGCGCCAUGGAGGUUACUGUGGCAACUGCAGCCCUGCCCCCUCAACAAGCUCCACCCACACUUCCUGUUCCUACAGUAGCACAGACCACUGUGAGCGCUGGCUCCAUUCUGAGCAGUAAGCCUGUGCUACAGCCGAGGCCAGUGUGUGUAGCUGCUAAAACUCUGAUCCUGCAGGGAACACCCCCAGUGGUUCUGUCCCCGUCGGUGUGUUUGGGUUCUGCUCCGGCCAUUGUUAAAGUGGAGCCUGUUUCUCCCAGCAUGCACUGCACCAGCCCUACGGCCCCGCCUGCCAGCAAGCCCAUCAUCCCAGCAUCCUCUCUGCCUGGCAGCAACUGCAGUGACAUUGAUAUGAAGGUGCUGAAGCGUCAGCAGAGGAUGAUAAAGAACCGUGAGUCUGCAUGUCAGAGUCGGAAGAAGAAGAAGGAGUACGUACAGAACCUGGAGGCUCAGCUGAGAGAGGCACAGCUGGAGAACGAACGCCUACGCAGAGAGAACCACACCCUGCGACUCAGACUCGCCAGCAGAGAGGGUGCUGAAUCGGGCACCAAUAAGCGAGCGGUGUGUGUGAUGGUGGUGCUGCUGUUCAUCACCUUCAGCUUCGCUCCUGUCAGCAUCACGGACAGGAAGUUGCCGUCUGCGCUGGAGGAAGGAGAUGAGCUUCAUGCGGGGAGACGCCUCCUGGUAUACGAGACGGCUCAGGAUCCAGGCCGGGUGGUGAGUGACAGAGUGACGGAGGACAGGCUGGACAGUGAGGAGGAGAUGGGGGAGGACAGGUGGAGAGGACAGGUGGAGAGGGAGAACACCGACACCUUUCAAUUCAGGAACGUGAGCAGUGUGUUCAGUGAAGUGAAGGAUCUCGUUUUACAGGACAUCGACAGGCUCUUCUCCUCCUCUGACUGCAGACAGUUCAAUCGCUCCGAGUCACUCAGGCUGGCUGAUGAGUUGCGUGGUUGGGUUCAUCGCCAUCAGAUCAACAGGAAGAAGACAAACCGCAAACCCAAGAUUGCACAGAAGGCAAAAAUAGCACAGCAGAAAGCUCAGCACAGGAAGACAAACUUCUCGCGCUACCUCCCCAUCGAGACUCACCGCUCCAUCGAGAGUCAGCUGCAGCUCUUACCCGGCCCUGAAGUGAGCUAUAGUGACUUCCUGGAUGCCAUUGAUCGGCGUGAGGACACGUUUUAUGUCGUCUCUUUCAGACGGGAUCAUCUGCUUCUUCCAGCGAUCAGUCACAACAAAACCACACGACCCAAAAUGUCCCUCGUCAUGCCUGCCAUGGCAGUCAACGAGUCGGUGUAUAACUCGUCUCAGGGUGGAUAUGAGCUCAUGAUGCAGGUGGACUGUGAAGUCAUGGACACCAGAAUCAUCCCCAUCAAAUCCUCUGUGGUCCCACCCUCGCUUAGAGACACACCACCCACCCCUCCGUCUCACCACCAUCAUGGCAACCACACCCGGCAACCACAUGGGGGUGGGGCUUCGGCGAGCAGGCAGCCCCUGCCUGUCAGGAGGAGGGGGGUGGAGUUUCUGAUCACACAGUCAGGAUCGUAAUGAAAUGGAGAAAAAGGGGAAGUACACACACGCGCACAAUAUAGAGAUUUUUAAAUCCCAGAAUUCCCCACCACUCAUCACCCAACUCCUGCGGUUCCACUAGCAAAAUGUAACCCUGGGAUUGUCCAAAUCUCAUGGCAUUGAAGAUAAAGAAAUAGAACGAUGUUUUAAACGCUCGAAAGUUACGCUUGUUUCUAUGGUAACCUUGACACUGUAAGUCUUUACAAGCUUCGACCAUAGGGUUACACUGUAGCUGUAACCAAUUUCCACUGGGUGAGUAGUUAAAGUCUCCCCAAGAAAACCCCAAAGCAUUCUGCGGCACAGGUUCCCAAACCCCCAAGAAUUCCACCGGAUGGGUCACCAGACCCCAAACCAUUCUGUGGCACAGGUCCCCAAAUCUCCAAGAAUUCUGCAGCACAGAUCCGCAGACCUCUAAGAAUUCUGCAGCAUGGGUUCGCAGAUCCCCAGAAUUCAAUCAUAGAGCUUACCAAAGUCCCCAAAUCCCUGUGUACAGCUCUGGGAGGUUUUCUAGGUGUACUAGGAAAUUUGGGGAGUUCAGUGAUCCAUACAGGUCUCUAAAUUCCUAGAAUUCCCCAGCAUGGGUAGCUAAACUCAGAAUUCCAGUAUACAGUACAUGUAACCAAAAUACCAUGAUUAUGCUGUAGGAGUCCGUAAAUUCCCAGGAUUCCCCAGUAGAUGGCACCAACAUCCCAUAAUUUCCCAGUAGGGAUCAGUAAACUCACAGAAUUCCCUUGUAUGGAACACCAAAUUCCCAUGAGAGACCUUAAUGAGUGUGUGCUGUAUAUUUUUGUCUAUUUUUUUUUUUUACUUCCUACUUGAUGCCAGUCAUCACUGUUGGUUUGUUUUUUUUAUUGUUUUAUGUUUAUGAUUUGAGAAUCAUACUGUGCUUUUAUUUUAAUGAGAAACAUAUGAUCAAUGCAGAUAUCAGUUACUAUGUGAGGGAGGAAAACGGAAUUUCGGAAAAGUUUGGAAUUGUAUCCCAAAUAUUUGUGUGCUUUUCUGUUGGCGUCCAUUCUGAUGUAACAAAGUCAUGAUGCUUUAAAUGCUGAAACUAGCACUGUUAGGAUGUAAAAUAACCACUGUUCGAAUGGAUUCUGCGUGCGCUGGUAUUUGUGGGCGGAGCCUGAAUCCUGAUCUGAGCACACAGGAAGUGCCGAUUGAGAACUCUGACCCGGACUUCACCUGGCAGUGUGAAGGUUAAAGCUCCAGUUGUUGUAGAAACGCGUCGACAGAGUCUGAGCUUGUAAUAUAGUGUAUAUUUAAAACCGGUUUUUAUUUGAUAAUCUUAGCUGCGUAUAAUUUUGACACUUUAUUGUUGUAAUCACGUUUAAAGGGAGCUUUAUACACGUUUAUAUGUUUGUUAUUUAGACGCAGCAACUUUGGAUUACAAACCCAACGUGGUCGCUUGUAAAUAACGGGAGUUUGCGAUCUGACCAUGUGCACUUCUUCACUCUCACUGUUCCACUUUUGCUUUAGAGAACUUUUUUAACCAAAAAGAAUCUUAUUUUUCCUUCAUCCAACAUGUAAACGUUUGUUUUGUCCGACUCCGUUUUAUAAAUUCUGUCCUGAAGACUGCGAUGUGGGGAAAGAAGAUCCUGAGACGAUCAGAGAUGUUUCAGAAGGAAAAUGUAAUGUAGAUGUACGUUUGCUAACAAACAAAAGGAAAAAAAGUACCGCAUUAUUACAAUGUCUUUUUAAAAAAAAAGUCUGUGUUGAAAAUCUCCCGAGAUAUCAGUACAGAAAGAGUUUAUAAACGUGAAGCUGGAUGGGGUUUUAAAAAUCCUGAUGCAAAAACACGCAUUGUGAUAAAUUAUAUCACAAAAUCGUCGUCAUGUAUGAUCAUGAUCAGAUUGCCCUGCCCUGAUAUUUAUUAUACAGAGAGACGGAUAUAAAGGCACGUGCUGGAUUAAAAUCUAAAUUUCUCAACUGUAAAUAUAUGUAUAAAACAAACAAACAGUACCAGAAAAGAUCACUGAUUUCCAGCACACGCCUCUAUAUAUUUGUGUGUGUGUGUGUGAGAGAUAUAGACCUGUUCCUGAAGUUAGCCAUCAUAAGACAUUCCUUCUAGUCAUCAUCACUCACUCACACACACGUUUAUACUCGCUGAUGUAAAUACAGUUUGCUUUUUUGUGUCCUUUUAUAAAAGUAAUUUAUGUUUUUGUUUCUCAGCUGUGUGUAAGUUUAUGAAGCCCUGUGUUUUUUUUGUUUGUUUCAGACCGAUAAGAACCUGCUAAAUAAAUAUUUAAAAAGAGAGAAGUGUGUGUAUGUGAGCUGAUUCAUGUUCUCGAUGUCCUGCUGAGUUCAUCUGAAUAAAUUUGCAUUUAUUUGAGUGUGA